AUGGCGCAAAAUCUGACAGAUCAGGUCCGAGAGAUUGCUGUCGUCACCACCGCAGUUGCGCAAGGUGAUCUUAGCCACAAGAUUGAGCGACCUGCCAAAGGCGAGAUCUUGGAGCUCCAGCAAACGAUAAAUACCAUGGUAGAGCAACUCCAAACUUUCGCCACUGAAGUAACCCGAGUCUCUCGCGAUGUCGGUAUAGAAGGUGUCUUGGGUGGCCAGGCGCAGAUCGAUGGUGUGCAGGGCAUGUGGAAUGACCUCACUGUCAACGUCAACGCCAUGGCGAACAACCUCACAGCCCAAGUGCGAGAUAUCGCCGAGGUGACCAAAGCCGUGGCACGAGGCGAUCUCACACAGCAAGUCAAGGCGCAAUGCAAAGGCGAAAUAAUGGAACUCAAGAACACGAUCAACUCCAUGGUACAUCAACUUCGGCAAUUCGCACACGAAGUCACGAAGAUCGCGCGCGAGGUCGGAACAGAAGGGCGGCUUGGUGGGCAGGCAACCGUGCAUGGCGUCGAGGGCAUUUGGAAAGACCUGACUGAGAAUGUGAACGGCAUGGCCAACAAUCUCACGACGCAAGUGCGCGAGAUUGCAGAAGUGACGACUGCUGUCGCAAACGGUGAUCUGAGUAAGAAGGUCGAAGCGGAGGUGAGGGGCGAGAUCUUGGCGUUGAAGAGCACUAUCAAUCAAAUGGUGGACCGAUUACGAACAUUCGCCUUCGAAGUCAGCAAAGUCGCGCGAGAAGUCGGCACGGAAGGCACGCUAGGUGGUCAAGCUCAAGUGGAGAACGUGGAAGGCAAGUGGAAGGAUCUGACCGACAAUGUCAACACCAUGGCCAACAACUUGACGGGUCAAGUACGCAGCAUCUCAGACGUCACACAAGCAAUUGCGUGCGGUGACAUGACUCAACGCAUCAACGUCCAUGCGCAGGGAGAGAUAGCGCUGCUGAAAGAUACCAUCAACGACAUGGUGACAAGACUUGAUGCCUGGUCUCUCGCAGUCAAGCGUGUCGCGCGGGACGUAGGUGUUGAUGGCAAGAUGGGUGGACAAGCCGAAGUCGAAGGCAUUACCGGCCGUUGGAAAGAGAUCACCACCGAUGUCAACAUUAUGGCCCAAAAUCUGACGUCCCAGGUGCGUGCUUUUGGCGACAUCUCCAACGCUGCCAUGGAAGGCAACUUCUCGAAAAUGAUCACCGUAGAGGCUUCUGGCGAGAUGAACGAACUCAAGAACCGGAUCAAUCAGAUGGUCUCGCAUCUCCGAGAGUCAAUUCAACGGAACAACCAGGCGAGGGAAGCGGCCGAGCUUGCGAACAAGACCAAAUCAGAGUUCUUGGCGAACAUGUCUCACGAGAUUCGCACGCCAAUGAACGGCAUCAUAGGAAUGACGCAGUUGACACUGGACACGGAACUGGAGCAGAACCAACGAGAUAUGCUGAACAUCGUAUUCUCGCUUGCAAACAGCUUGUUGACGAUUAUUGACGACAUCCUGGAUAUCUCGAAGAUCGAAGCGAACCGCAUGGUUCUAGAAGAGGAGCCGUUCUCGUUACGAGGAUUGGUGUUCAACAGUCUGAAGUCGCUGGCUGUGAAGGCGAACGAGAAGGACAUUAGUCUUGUCUAUGACGUUGACAGCUCUGUGCUUGAUUAUAUUGUUGGCGACUCGUUCCGGCUACGGCAGAUCAUCAACAAUCUCGCUGGCAAUGCUGUGAAGUUCACCGAGCAUGGCGAGGUACGGGUCAAGAUUUUCUCGGAUGCCAGUGGCAAGUGCAGCGCGGAUGAGGUGGUCAUCAAAUUUGCUGUCAGCGACACAGGCAUUGGUAUUCACUCCAACAAGCUGGACCUGAUCUUCGACACUUUCCAGCAAGCGGACGGAUCAACGACGCGUAAGUUCGGUGGCACUGGGCUGGGUCUGUCCAUCUCUCGGAGACUCGUGACUCUUAUGCGUGGCAAGAUGUGGGUCGAGUCGACUUACGGGUCUGGCAGUACAUUCUUCUUUACAUGUGUUUCGCGCUUGGGUAAUCCGGACCCGGCGAGGAUCAUGCCGCAGUUGCAGCAGUAUCGCAAACACAAGAUUCUAUUCAUCGACAACGGCGAGACAGGCUGCACAGAGGAGAUCGCAAGCAGUAUCCGGAUUCUCGAUUUGAUACCGUGCGUCGUCAGCCACGGCAGGUCGACACGGUCAUUGCAGGACGAU